AUGAAAUAUAUACUUGCCAUUGAUCAAGGCACUACAAGCACUAGAGUUAUUUUGUUUGAUGAAAAGUGUCAAUCAGUCCACACAGAACAAGAAGAAUUUGAUUCUAUUUUUCCACAUCCAGGUUGGGUUGAACAAGAUCCUGAAAUAAUUUAUACUUGUGUUGUUAAUUUGAUGAAGAGGUGUCUUGUUAAUACUGGCAUUAAUAAACAAGACAUUGCAGCUAUUGGAAUAACUAAUCAAAGAGAGACCACAGUUAUGUGGGAUAAAAGAACUGGAAAGCCUAUUUAUAAUGCAAUAGUCUGGCAAUCCAAACAAUCAGGAAAUGAAACGUCUUAUCUUAUGGAGAAGGGUUAUGGUGAAUUGUUUCAUUCUAAAACUGGAUUAGUACUAAAUCCUUAUUUUAGUGCUAGCAAAAUUAUGUGGAUAUUUAAUCAUGUCGAAUGUGCAAAAGCAUUAGCCAAAGAAGGUGUUUUAUUAUUUGGGACUAUUGAUACUUGGAUUAUCUAUAAUCUGACUGGAGGUCAAAGUCAUUUCACUGACAUAUCAAAUGCAGCACGUACAUUAUUGUUUAAUAUUUACGAAAAGAAAUGGGAUGAUGAAUUAUUAGUAAAAACAGAUAUUCCAAAGUCAAUUCUGCCAGUAGUUAAACAAUCUUCUGAUGAUUUUGGUAUUAUUUCCACUAUUCAAGAAUUUAAUGGAAUUCAUAUUACUGGAGUUGCUGGUGAUCAACAAGCAUCACUUUUUGGACAUGGAAGUCCUAUUGGAGGAUGCAAAUCAACCUAUGGAACUGGGUGUUUCGUUGUAAAAAAUAUUGGGAAUUCAAUUAAAGAAAUACCAAAAGGAUUGUUAGCAACUAUUGGAUGGGAAAUUGAUGGAAAAAUAACAUAUGCUCUUGAGGGUUCAGUUAUGACUGCUGGGGCAGCACUAAAGUGGAUAAGAGAUAUAGGAAUACUAAAAGACUAUAAUGAAAUAUCAAAAAUCGUUCCUUCAAAAAAUGGUGGAGUUUAUUUUGUACCAGCAUUUCAGGGACUUGGCACACCUUAUUGGGAUGAUGACGUUCGUGGUAUAAUUGUUGGAUUAACUAGUGGCACUGGAAAAGGUGAAUUAGUUCGAGCUACUCUAGAAAGUAUUGCUUUACAAUGCGCCCAAGUAAUCGAAAUUAUGGGAAAAAUUAAUGAGAUUAAAGUAGAUGGAGGAGUCUCACGAUCUGAUUGUAUGCUCCAGUUUCAAGCAGAUAUAUGCAAUUGUACUGUUGUUAGAUUGAAAGAAAAAGAAAUUACUGCAAUGGGAGCAGCUAUGUUAGCCGGGUUAUAUAUUCAUUUAUUUAAAGAAGAUGAGUUAGAUUCAAUGAGAGUAAUUGAGCAUAUAUUUAAACCUCAAAUGAGUGAAGAAGAAAGAAAGCAAAUAUUUUCACUUUGGAAUAAAGCAGUAGAAUCAGCACGUUCAUUUGUUCAUUAG